AGCGUCGAACACAGUUUGCCUUGACAAAAGCAAUCCAUCUGUGAACGAGGACAUACCCGUGUGAACAGGAAGCUCGAGCUCGAUUCCUUUUCGUUCUCUCAGCGAUUUGACCACAGGCGCCUUAUGGACAAGCGGGCAGUUUCCCUCAAGGUCGUCACCAGCCUAAUUUUUGUGCUCAUCCUUUCCGUGGGAGCCGUGCAAGGUCGCUUGCUGAAGCAGGCGGCAUCAUCUAGCGCACGCCAGGGAACUACAACGACAGCAAAUUCGGCGCCCUAUGCCCAGACAGUGCGCCCAGUCACACCCAGCGCUCGCACCUCCAGCUCAGCAGGGACCAAGCCAGUGGGCGUCGUCUCUAUUGACGGCUCAACCUCCAUGGCAGGCACGCAGCAGACUCAGUCGGUGCGCGAUGUGACUCCCAGCAGCUAUGCCCCCCUCUCGCAGUCCAAGUCAUCGGGCGCCACUGCCACCACCGAUCAGGCCACCGUCGGACCCGUGCGCCCAGUCAAUAGCCAGGGCACGGCUGCCAACAUGCAGAGCUCGACGGCGUCCGGCGGCAGCGGCCAGCGCAUGGAGACCAUGGCCGACGCCGGCAGCGCCAUGAGCAUGCGCCAGGUCCCCUGAACGCAACUGCCUCCCUCCAGUGAACGCAAGGGCGCUAAUUACCCUUGUUCCCAUACGGCCAAGUGACCUCUUGACAGCUGAUCCGGCUAUUCGGCUACCAUGCCAAGUAUACUGCAGCAGGCAGUGACAAACAAAUGCGCUCUCUGGAAAAAGGGCUUCUUUUUGUGAAAUUGACUUUGCAGUUUGAUGGUGACCGACAUGCAUUCUCCGUUAUCACAAAGCACCCAAUUCUGUCUCCCGGCAUGUCUGGUGUUUUAUCCAGUCGUGUCAGGCGGGCAGGGUUGAAGUGUUUCAAAUCUUUUCAAGCAUCUUUGAUAGCCUCACAGGGGAGUCUUUCUGCGGUGAAUUCACGCAUGGCAGCUUUUCUGACAGGACAACAAUCCAAUGCAUGUUAUGGCUGCUGUUCAGCGAACAGUGUGCAACCGAGAGGAUGAUCCGCAGCACAAGAGCUGAGGACAUGAAGUUGCGCACAUGUGUUAGGAUGACUAGGGGGUAACAACUAGUCUAGGGGGUUCCACCCGUUGGUCUCUGAGACAAAAGAACAAGGUUGAAUCACCGUGCAGUCCCUGACAAUCGCUGCCUAAUUGGGGCUUCUGUGUCACGAGCCAGUUGUGGUGUGAACCUGGCAUGUGCCAGAUAUUCCCAGCUGAGCUCCUGUCGUGGAGUGGCCCAAAUCUGGACAUCAAUUUUUUGCUUGCCAAGUGCCGUUCACAACGGUGUAAUUGUGGCUCCAUCGGUCUUUCCGUUCAGUAAGUUUCUCCCACAUGUGUUCUGAGUAGAAAAGUAUGACGGUGAAUGAGGAAUGGGUGGAUUGUCUUUGAAUUCUGCCAUGAUACCUUUUUCUUUAUUUCUUUUCAGCCUGAUGCAGCGGCACUCUGUACAUAUCUAAGGUGCACUGUGCAUGCCUGAAGCAAAAGAAUGGAGUACAGUCUCAUGAAGGGAGGUGUGUCCCUCAAAAAAAGGCAAAUGUAAAGGUUGUAAGUCAGCCUGGUGCUCCAGUGGCAGAAUGUGCAUGCUCAUAGAGAUGAUCCCUUUAAAGCCCUGCACAAG